GAGCGGAGCUACCGGCGCUGCACACCCCGGUUCAAAGGUUCACCCCCAAUUCGCCAGCUCCAUCCGUCACCAGCCGCCUGGCUCCGCCGCCCCAUUGCAAGCAACGGCAACAACAACAAUAACAACCGCCCCCCCUAAAACAAGAAAAUAUCCUAACAGACGGGCUGUCUGGGACGCGAGAAUUGCAAAAACAAUCCCCACCCCACCACGGAGAGUGAGCUGAGCAAGGAGCAGGACGAUGUUUGACAACACGCAGUACCCCUAUAACUGCUUUAAUUAUGAUGGGGAUGAUUAUCCUACCUGUAGUUCUGAUGAAGAGAAAAAAUUCACCAGACCGGCGUACAGCUACAUUGCCUUAAUCGCAAUGGCCAUCCAGCAAAGUCCUUCAAAUAAAGUCACCCUCUCUGGCAUUUAUGACUUUAUAAUGAAGAAAUUUCCUUACUACAGAUCAAAUCAAAGAGCCUGGCAGAACUCCAUCCGACAUAACUUAUCGCUUAACAGUUGCUUUGUAAAGGUUCCCAGAACAGAGGGAAAUGAGAAGGGGAAAGGAAACUAUUGGAGCUUUGCAACGGGAUGUGAAUCCAUGCUGGAUCUCUUUGAAAAUGGGAAUUACAGGCGAAGACGAAGGAGAAGGAACGUGAAAAGGGAACACAAGGAGCAGAGACCGAGCAGAGGGAAAAGUCCUUCAUCCCCCAAGACACCUUCUGUGGACUGUGCUUUAAACAGCAUUUCAUCUUCUGAAAGUAAACACGAAAGAGUUGAAUCGGGCCCAAGACUACUGGAGCCUCGUGGCUUUGCUCCUAACGGCAUGACCAGCAGGCAGAGCCUCAGCAACUCCUCCUUAACAAAAUCAGAUUCUGAAAUCAAAUUCAGCAUCGAUUACAUCCUUUCAGCGCCUGACCCUUUGCCAGUCCUGAGAUCUCAGUAUAAUAUGCAAGAAAAUAAAUGUCAUCUACUGGAGACACAGCAAAUUAAUCUCCAGUUCUGGACAAUGUGAUGCUAUUUGCUCGUGGUAACAGAGUCUGAGCUGCAGUGAGUUCAGCAGCCGCCUGUCAGUGAAAAUCAGCCGCUUGCCUCCUCCUUUUCUUCCUGAGCAGCACUGGGAAAGGGCAACCGAUCCACCAGCCGGUACCCUGUCUGCACCCAAAGAACUUCGCUAACGUUAAAGCAUAAAUAACAGCUACCAACAUGGGUUUUCACUAUGCUCAAAUUAAUGAAAUUCUAGCUUUGUUUUCUGAACUGUCAUGGACAUCAUUCCACACCACAAAGAAUUUCCCUUCCCAAGCACAAGCUGUUAAGAAGAGACUUGCUUAUCACUCCUUGCUUUAUUAAAGACAAAGUGAAUUUGAUUCCACUUUCACUGGUGGAAAUUAGGAUCAAUUCCACUGAAGUAUAUAGGUCAGAACUUAAGCUGAUCUAAAGCAGUGUAAGUCUGUCGACCUACACAGGCUGAGAAUGUAAGUGGGGGGGAGGGCUUUAUUUUCUUACAAGGAAUCACAGAAAAUCACUCUUCCUUCCUUUUUUUUUUUUUUUUAAUUUUUCAUUUUAAAAUAAUGUUUAAACUGUUCUUCAUCUUUAAUUCAUCAUUAACUAGAAAAUGUAGUUAUUGGUAAGUGUUCAAAUUAUAUUUUUGUUGCUAUUCAGGACAGAGUUGUUUAGACUGUUGAAGUGAAGUCGUAUUCAAAGUAAUUCCAAGAAAGCCAAUUGCAAGAGUGUCGAGCUGUGGUAACGUGGCAGAGGCGCAGGGCCUCUAGUGCCUUGGCUUUUAGAGAGAAUAACGUCUCCCCUGGUACUAUCAGGAAGCUUCCUGAGAUACUGCAGGAAAGCCCUUGAACAUAUUUCAUUUAGCGAGUGCGAAGGCAGACCCGGCUUUGCAAGAACCUGUGUUCAGUGUUAACCAAAGCCAGAAUUCCACCUGCCUGCUUUAGCACAACUUGUGUAUUUCUAUUAAAUAGAUUUUUAUUGAUCCUUCUUGCAAGCAAUUACCAAAGUGGUACUUGAUGUGAUUUCAGCAAAGCUGGCGAAAUUUAUAAUUUACAGAUAGCAACGUUAGAUCAUGAGCUGCGUUUCUAUAGAAAGCUGUUUCAUUACCAUUUACACGUGCUGGGUUAUUUCAGAAGAGAACCUGAUGGACAAUGAUGAACUAUAAUGAGCAUUUAAGAACUUGCUUUUAUACAACUUGUUGAUGAUGAAUUGCUUCCCAGGACCCAGCAGCAACAUGAGCAAAGACUCCACAAAAUUGUGGGUUUGGCUUGGAUGUUACAGUCCUCACACACUGCAGACAAAAGGGAAAAGACAAGGACUCUGGUGGUUCUAAGCAAUUAUAUACAGAGAGAUAGAAUUAUCUUUGCAACAUGAACUAAAGGUAAAUGAAGGUAUAUGAGAUAAGAUUAAGCAAACUUGUGCUAGAGGUAUGCUCAGGCAUGACUUGAAUUUUUAUGCAGAAGCUUUGACAUUUCACUAAGUUAUUUUACAUUGUGUCUAAUAUGUACUGUACAUUUAUACUAUAUCUUCUUAUAUAUUAUUAUUCAGAAAGGGAGCAAUAUCACUGCACUUAUAUGUUGUAAAAAUGCAUGAUGUAUGUUGGCAUGAUGCUGAAACUCCUGCCAUAUACAUAAAAAUUUACCAUCAGUGGUAUUUCAUACUGAUCGGUAAUAAAUGCUCAUUUUUUGGAAAACUAUAAACCUUGCUAUGUUCAGGCGUUUCCACAGCGUACAGGAGCCUUUGUGUCUUCUUCAGGAAAGACAAAAUGGAAAAUCCUAUCACUUCCAUCGCUGCACGUCUUCCAAACUUUGAAGCAAUGAUUUCUUGAGGCCAAACGCUGCCUUCAAAUAGGAGCUUUCAAUUCUCUUUGAAUCAAUGGCUAUUCUGGGUGAUUAUCUGAAAGCAAAAUUCGGCUCAUUAGACCGGAUUGAUCUGCUGUUUACAUUGAUGUUGGAAAAAGAAGAAAACCUCUGGGGUCGCUGGACAGAUGCAUUGAUUCUCAUUUUAAGAGGGACAAGAAUUGGCUCCUUUGGUACUUAUGCUUGUUAGUAAAUGAGUGUGGGAAGAGCAUGUCCUCAUUUAGUACUUCAAUGUAUGCAUGCACUCGUGGGUUGGUAUGUGUGCACCUCUAGGAUCCUACCUACAUUUGUAUAUUCAUGCUUUAAACACAGAUUCUUUUCUCUUUAUUGUUUUAAACCUUGCAGUGCUGCUGUUGGGCUGAUAGCUAUAGUACACAUCCACAGUAUAUUUGAAAUACAUAUUUUUUGCUGUGAAA